UCAUUUAAAGGAUACAAUGACAACAUCAUUAUUUUUUUCAGGUCUAGGUUGGAAUUUGCUCUUCACAUAUAAGAAGAUGAGUGAUGAAAGUGACAUGUUGGCUUCGGCACCAGAGAAGAUGAAUGGCAUCGGAGCAGGAAGCUUGCGAGCUCUGCACCUUGUGGAAGACCUGCGUGGACUGUUAGAGGGGAUGGAAACAGAGGAGAAGGAAGGCCUGAGAUGCCAGAUCCCAGACUCAACAGCAGAAGUGCUCGUUGAAUGGCUUCAGAGUCCAAUGACGAAUGGACGCCUUCCUGGGAACGGAGACGCGUAUCAGGAAAGGCUGGCACGUUUAGAAAAUGAGAACGAAUCCUUCGUUCGUCAGGCAAGUGAUUUUAAAGUGUUGAUCUUUCCUCACAACAUACCUAUAAAGACUAUUUUCAAUUGGGAUGGCAAAUUCAAAUGCUUACAGCCCCCAGACUGGUCACGGCAGCAAGUGCGGCAGGGAAUGGUGAGGCCUGGGGCAGCCCAAGGGCGUGUGGACGCAGUCUAG